GCUAUUCUUGUGCUUGGGGUAGGAGCAACAAAUGGGGAUGAUGAAUUAACCCCUAUACCAGGUGACACUAAAGCUGACCAAAUUGUCAAGAGUCUGAUAUCACCAGGUGGAGAUAUAUACAAUCUCUUUAUGGAGAUGGUCAACACUACGUAUGGUUACAUUCUCCUCAACAAAGAAAUAUGGGAUGCGUUUGAUGAUGAUUUAAUUCUUGUUAACGAAAAUAUUGGUAGAAUUAUGGAGGUCAUCCGCAAAAAUAAUGUUUCGGUUAUAUUAGGUGACCUCCUUGAUGGUUUGCAAUUCGCUAGAAUGGCGAUGGAUAAAAAAGAAUGGAAUCUUGUAAAAGAGGCUACUGAAAUAGCAGGAUAUCUGCGGCAUGGGGUUUUAACUAGAACACUUGAAAGGUUUUCUAUACCAGCUAGUAUCAAAAAUCCAGUUGAAAAAGUGGUUGACGCAUUGCUUGAACUGAAGAGAGAAGUUGCUGAUUAUUGCGGGUGUAUACGGCAGACCACUUACAAAGGACUGUACAAAGAGAUGAAAGAUAUUGAGAAAAGAAGCAUUCGCUGGAGUAUCACAAUUCAAGAAGCAAGAAAAAUAUGGCGCACGGGGAAGAUUCGAAAAGGCUUACGCAUGGCUGGUCGACGGGCUGUUGUUGCUGCCCGUAAUGCAAGAGCAUUCAACUAUAGAUUGGUUCAUUCAAGGUUACCAAAUCUUGUGACAAAUACAAUAACCUCUGUGAAGAAGGUCAUCAGACCAAUGCGUGAAUUGUGGAAGAAGUAUGAAAUUGAAGUAAUUACAGAUAUCGAUUUCACUCGAUUCAACAUCAAACGUCCUAAGGAUGGAACAACAAGGAGUCCUUACAAUAUUGAUGAGCUUCAAAAAGCAAAUGUACCAGUGACAAAGGUUGAUCAAGAUUGGGAGUUCACGUUUUGGGAUAGAGGUUCCCUAUACAUCGCACCCCCAACAUUUCCUCCAACAGAUUAGCAGUGUUUUAAUGUCACCAUCAGAACUUUUUUUGUGGACGGACCUAUUAAAGCCAAAUGUCACACUCGUGGAAUUUUGUUUUUCAACAAAUCAUGAUACUAGCAUGCGUGGUGAUCAAACAUGAUUUGUGGUUAAGGAUUAACGUAUCAUCCAUCAUGUGAACACACGGAGUCUUUCACAAUUUGGCAUCUGCAACAAUUUGCAAUAACUUCCGAG